ACUCUGUCCAACAUUCAGGAACAUUGGGGAGUCGCCCGUCCCUUACAAAUCAACAUGUUACAACAAAGACUAAUGGCGCCCCUCCGGGUGCUAGAGAGAGCAAUUGUGCCAUCGCUCCGCUCAUCACAGCCAAUCUCUCGACCACCGCCACCAUCAAUACUCUCACGAACCAACACCUCCGCAUCGACACCAUUCUUGAACCGCCUCCUCCCCUUCUCUCAAGUCCGUCAUGCCUCCCAUGCUACCCAGGGUACGGCGAAUCGACAUUCCCGUGACCCCGCCGGAAAGCGUCUUGGUGCGAAACGCACCACCGGUGAAUACGUCGUUCCAGGCUGUAUCAUUUUCCGUCAACGUGGAACGAAAUGGUUUCCAGGCGAGAAUUGCGCACUGGGCAGGGAUCAUACCAUCUAUGCCACCGAGGCAGGAUAUGUGAGAUACUACUUGGAUCCCGAACGGCACCCCGACCGGAAGUACAUCGGCGUCUGCUUUGAGAAGGACGGCAAAUUGCCUACGCCUCGGAAUGCCCCGACCAGACGGAAACUGAACAGGGUCGCUGUCCCUCGCCUCGAUGACGCCCCUACGCCGAUUGCUGGACAGUCGGAUCUGGUUGCUACUAUUGACAAUGGUACUAUGGUGUCUAGCGUGGAGGCCGUGAACGCCGGGUCAGGCUCCCAGCUGCGUCCGGGUUAUAUGUACCGUGAGGCGAACUGGCAGAUUGGUCGAGCAGCUGAGAAGGCCGGGAUAACAGCGAAGCCGUACAACCCCAAGAAUCGUUGGCUGGCGUGGAGGAAGAGACAGGCUAGAGCCGAGCGAGCUGCCCAGAUGAAGAGUCUCAAGAACAAGAAAAAGGCCUCAAAGAAGGGCAAGGGUGGCCGCUAAUGAUCAUAGCCAACACUUCCGCCCAUGUUCCUAUGUCUCCGUAUAUCCCAAAUGGUGUCGCACGGUAUCGGGUUCAAAGGUGCUUUUGUACUAUAGAGAAAUGUCUACAUCCAUUAGUUUGUUAUUCAGUGUAUUAUGUAUGGGAUUUACUCUUGA